AUGUAUUUCGCAGGAAAGUUUGUGCAAUUCCUCCAGUUCUGCGGCAUCAUUGCUGUGAGCCAGGAGUUGCCUGCUGCGGAAGACUGGCCUGGUUAUGUGUACAAUAUCUCAAAACCCGAGCAGGUUGCCAAGGAGACCGUCAUCGAGGACGACCCCAACGAUGCCGUCAACGUACUAGGGAACUGGGUGAGCCCCGAGUAUAAACCACUUUACUCGGUGGCUUUGCCAAUUCCGCCUGUCCUCGAGCCGAAGCAAAACUACACCAACCCGACCAGCGGCAGACCGAUGCACUACUACGAGAUGGAGAUCAAGCCCUUCCUUCAGCAAAUCUACCCCAACCUGGGCGCGACCCGGCUUGUUGGCUACAACGCCAUGUCUCCAGGGCCGACCAUCAUCGUUCCACGCGGUACCGAGACUGUCAUGCGCGUCGCCAACAGUGCCGACCAAGAGAACGCCGUCCACCUCCACGGAUCGUACUCGCGUGCUCCGUGGGAUGGCUGGGCAGAGGAUUUGACCUUCCCCGGCCAGUACAAGGACUACUACUACCCCAACACCAUGACGGCUCGCACAAUGUGGUACCAUGAUCAUGCCAUGCACAAGACUGCCGAGAACGCCUACUUUGGUCAAGCCGGUAUCUAUAUCGUGACCGACCCGGCAGAAGAUUCGCUCAACCUCCCCGCCGGAUAUGGCAAGUUCGACAUUCCCCUCAUGCUUAACUCCAAGCAGUACAACCCCGACGGCACGCUCUAUUCUCCUGCGAACGAGAGGGAUAGUCUGUGGGGUGACGUGAUUCACGUCAACGGACAGCCUUGGCCAUUCUUCGAUGUGCAGCCCAGGAAGUACAGGCUGCGAUUCUUGAACGCGGCCGUGUCGAGGUCCUUUGCACUGUACUUUGCCAAGACCGACGAUGUGAACUCAAGGCUUGACUUUCAAGUCAUUGCCAGUGACACUGGACUGUUCACCGAGCCGGUUACUACCAACAAAAUCUAUGUCUCAUCCGGGGAGCGCUACGAAAUUGUCUUUGACUUUUCUCAAUAUAUUGGAGAGUCGAUCGAGAUCCGCAACAUCCCAGACGUCGACAACCUCGGCACGGACAGGAACUACGAGAAGACGGGACAGGUCAUGAAAAUCAACGUGGCCAGCACUCUCGCAGAGCCGGACACAUCCGAAGUCCCCUCCCGUCUCCGCGCCGUCGACUUCCCCCCGGCCGGUAACGGCAUCGACCACAGCUUCCGCUUCCACAGGAGCAGGUCCGAGUGGCUCAUCAACGGAGUGGGAUUCUCUGACGUUCAGAACCGCGUGCUGGCCAACGUCCCGCGCGGCACCGUCGAGAUCUGGGAGCUCGAGAACUUCUCCGGCGGCUGGACGCACCCGAUCCACCUGCACCUCGUCGACUUUAGGAUCCUCAGCCGGCAAGGCGGACGCCGCAACGGCGUCGUUGAGCCGUACGAGUCAAAGGGUCUCAAGGACGUGGUUUGGCUGGCCAGGAACGAGAGGGUGCUCGUCGAGGCGCACUACGCACCCUGGGACGGCGUCUACAUGUUUCACUGCCACAACCUGGUCCACGAGGACAACGACAUGAUGGCCGUCUUCAACGUCACCUCGCUGCCCGACUUUGGCUACGACAACAGCGGCCGCUUCGUCGACCCCAUGCAGCCCGAAUUCAGGGCCCAGCCGUACAACAAGGACGAGAUGGGCGCCCGCAGCGGCAGCUUCGCCGCCCAGGCCAUCGAGUCCAAGAUGAGGUACCUGGCCGAGGCGAACCCGUACCCUGACCCUGAGGGUGUCGAGUCGGCGCUUACCCAAUACUGGGCCACCAAGACCGCAGAGGGCGCACAGUCAACGCCGCCGCCAUCACCGGUCUCGCGCGUCAGGCGGUUCCGCGUUUAA